AGAGAGAGAGAGAGAGAGAGAGAGAGAGAGAGACACCACACCAGCCCCUCCAAAAUAUGCGUCAGCGAAAGUGUUUAGACUGGGGAUCCAGCCCACUCACACACACUUUCCCUUUAGGCACACAACAACAGCAGUACUUAAUUUGGGAAUGGGAAGAUCAUACCAAAUAAUCAUGUUAGAGAACAAGGUUUUUUCCUGUUUUGUAUUCUAUAGUGUUCUCCUGGUAAUCAAGAUGUACAUCAUAGCAAUCAUCACUGGACAAGUAAGGCUGCGCAAAAAGGCUUUUGCGAACCCAGAGGACGCGCAGAGACAUGGUGGCCUCCAGCACUUCAGACAGGAUCCAGAUGUAGAGCGGUGCCAAAGGGCUCACCGUAACGACAUGGAGAAUAUCGUCCCCUUCCUGUUCCUGGGGGCCGUCUACUCCCUGAUUGGCCCGUCGCUGGCCGUGGCCCGCGCUCACUUCCUGGUCUUCUUCCUAUUCCGCAUGCUCCAUACGCUGGCCUACCUCUGUGUCCUGCGGGCACCCACGCGCUCCCUGGCCUACGUGAUCGCCCAGGUGCCCUGCAUCUCCAUGGCCGUUCAGAUUCUUGCGGCGGUGUCCUCGUAUGCGUGUUCUGACUCUAUUGGUGACCGCGUCAAUCUGUGACCAAUCUCAGUGGAUGAUUAGGGCCUGAUAAGAGCAGUAGAGAAUACUGCUUGUAAGAGGGACAUAUGUUUUUCAUAUGAGGGAAAUCCUAAAGACUGUAUUGUCAUCAGACUGCAAUGCUACAUUAGCAGUUUGUGCCUCUCAGCAAUGCUCUAUGAAGUGUACACUGUUGUGCUCCAGCUAGUACAUCUUCAUGUAGUACUGUAUUCUUCUACAUCUUAGUCACAUAGCAGACGAUCUUGUCCAGAGCAACUUGCAGACGCCUUGCUCAAGGGCACAUAGACAGAUUUUUCACCUAGUUGGCUCGGGGAUUUAAACUAGCAACCUUUCAGUUUUAGCCCAAUGCUCUUAACGGCCAGGCUACCUACAGUGUGGAGAACAAGUAUUUGAUACACUGCUGAUUUUGCAGGUUCUCCUACUUAUAAAGCAUGUAGAGGUCUGUAAUUUUUACCAUAGGUACACUUCAACUGUGAGAGACGUAAUCUAAAACAAAAAUCCAGAAAAUCACACUGAAUGAUUUUUAAAUAAUUAAUUUGCAUUUUAUUGCAUGACAUAAGUAUUUGAUAACCUACCAACCAGUAAGAAUUCCGGCUCUCACAGACCUGUUAGUUUUUCUUUAAGAAGCCCUCCUGUUCUCCACUCAUUACCUGUAUUAACUGCACCUGUUUGAACUCGUUACCUGUAUAAAAGACACCUGUCCAAACACUCAAUCAAACAGACUCCAACCUCUCCACAAUGGCCAAGACCAGAGAGCUAUGUAAGGACAUCAAGGAUAAAAUUGUAGACCUGCACAAGGCUGGGAUGGGCUACAGGACAAUAGGCAAGCAGCUUGGUGAGAAGGCAACAACUGUUGGUGCAAUUAUUAGAAAAUGGAAGAAUUUCAAGAUGACGGUCAAUCACCCUCGGUCUGGGACUCCAUGCAAGAUCUCACCUCGUGGGGCAUCAAUGAUCACGAGGAAGGUGAGGGAUCAGCCCAGAACUACACGGCAGGACCUGGUCAAUGACCUGAAGAGAGCUGGGACCACAGUCUCAAAGAAAACCAUUAGUAACACACUACGCCGUCAUGGAUUCAAAUCCUGCAGCGCACGCAAGGUCCCCCUGCUCAAGCCAGCGCAUGUCCAGGCCCGUCUGAAGUUUGCCAAUGACCAUCUGGAUGAUCCAGAGGAGGAAUGGGAGAAGGUCAUGUGGUCUGAUGAGACAAAAAUAGAGCUUUUUGGUCUAAACUCCACUCGCCGUGUUUGGAGGAAGAAGAAGGAUGAGUACAACCCCAAGAACACCAUCCCAACCGUGAAGCAUGGAGGUGGAAACAUCAUUCUUUGGGGAUGCUUUUCUGCAAAGGGGACAGAACGACUGCACCGUAUUGAGGGGAGGAUGGAUGGGGCCAUGUAUCGCGAGAUCUUGGCCAACAACCUCCUUCCCUCAGUAAGAGCAUUGAAGAUGGGUCGUGGCUGGGUCUUCCAGCAUGACAAUGACCCGAAACACACAGCCAGGGCAACUAAGGAGUGGCUCCGUAUGAAGCAUCUCAAGGUCCUGGAGUGGCCUAGCCAGUCUCCAGACCUGAACCCAAUAGAACAUCUUUGGAGCUGAAAGUCCGUAUUGCCCAGCGACAGCUCCGAAACCUGAAGGAUCUGGAGAAGGUCUGUAUGGAGGAGUGGGCCAAAAUCCCUGCUGCAGUGUGUGCAAACCUGGUCAAGAACUACAGGAAACGUAUGAUCUCUGUAAUUGCAAACAAAAGUUCUGCUUUUCUGAUGUAUCAAAUACUUAUGUCAUGCAAUAAAAUGCAAAUUAUUUACUUAAAAAUCAUACAAUGUGAUUUAUUGGAUUUUUGUUUUAGAUUCUGUCUCUCACAGUUGAAGUGUACCUAUGUUAAAAAUUACAGACCUCUACAUACUUUGUAAGUAGGAAAACAUGCAAAAUGGCAGUGUAUCAAAUACUUGUUCUCCCCACUGUAUAUGCUACAGAAUGUUGAAGUCAAUUGACUUCCUCUUAAGGUCAUGGGGACACUACUCUCUGAAGAAAAAGGUUAACCUUUCGAUUAACAUGUAACUUUGUAACCAAUUAAUUGUGUUGACAUGUUUUUUUUAUACACAAGUCAAUGUUACUUGUUUUAAUCUUUUUCAUUCUGUAUUUCUUGUCAUUCAACAAGUGGUAUUUUUGUAGGAAAGUCUGGGAUGUAGUAACCUAUUUGCUCAGAACAAUCCAGUAUUUUAGAGGUUGAUGAAGAGCCGACAUGUAUAACACAAAUCAUUUAUAAUAAUGCAUUUUUUAAAUUAAAACAGAUGAAAACGGUUGAAUACCAUAUUCUAAGGAAUA